AUGUUGGACUUCGACGACGACGCGUCCAGGCGUGAAAAGUGCUUCACCACCAUAGCGCAAUUGCCUGCAUUUGUCGACCCUAAGCAGCCACCGAUAAAAAAGUCACCCUUUUCAACUAUUGUCAAUCAUCCAUUUGUGCACACGGUAGAGGUCCUCCUACCAGAAGAGGUCUAUCCAAGCAUCAAGAACUCGUUGGAUGCGAAAGUCCAAAAGCUUCGAUAUGCGAGGGUGUUCAUGUCUCCUUCAGCACUGCUUGAAGGAGACUUCUUCAAUACGUACAUCAAAACUGGCAAUAUCCUCAUGAUAUCCGAGGGGCGGUCAGGCUCAGACAACGUUUACACUCUCAAAGACGGGAUCUUGAAAUUAGAGCUCGGCAAGGAGGUCUACGAACGGACAGGACUGACAGGGAAACCCAUCCGCAGCGGAGGAAGGAAACAUGCCAAAGAGCGAUAUCUUGUGGAAAUCAAUCUGCGACUGCCUUCGAUGCUGCACGGCAAGAAAGGGUUCGACAGAAUCGUCUGGGCAUUUAAAAACGUCCUUGACCAUUCCGUAGCCUGGCUUUUUCACGACCUGGCACCAGGUUCCACCGGAAUCUCCGAAGGAAAACAAGGAGAUCCCACCCUCAAAGGCAAUCAUCCACAAAUCAUCGACUGUGAUGUCUCCCGUACCCACUACCACAACAUCAUCACUCCCCCUUUCAGCGAGACUACCUUCACAGAAGCAUCCUCAGAAAAUAUCUUGAAAGAGGAUUCACAGAAUCUCUCUGAAUGGCUGGCAAUGGUAGCCCUGGGGUCUCCGCGGGUAUCAAAAGACGACGACAUCGAUCCAUACCUAAGCCGCUACAGCGUCCCAGAUGACGGACCUGUCAGAUCCGUCGAUCUAGUCUCCUUGACAUGGCACGGGUUCGUCCCCGCCAGCUGGAUCUUAGAUCUGUUCAUCACUAUGCUGCGUGAGACCGCGUCAAAAUCCUCGCCGGCGUUCACAUGGUUUGCACUGUCUUCGACUGCACUGGGAAGGGAAGCAGUGGAAGCGAAGGAUGGAUAUACUAUCAUGUUGUUGCCGCGAUCCGAGCGGACUGACAGUACUCAAGACAUUCAAGAAAGUGGAGCGGACGCGCCUACCAAGACCAGUCGGUCUUGUAUUUGCUGGGAGUAUGUGGGAGCCUCAGUCUUAUAA